AUGUCAUUGGUUAGCGAAUUGGAUGAAAUCGCGAAGCGUUAUUCAAAUGCAGUUGAAAAAUCUAAUAAAAUAGAAAAUGAUUUAAAAAAAUUCGGGAAACAAUUAGAAAGAAUCAAAUCUUAUUCAAAUCGUGGCAGUCGUGAUUCAGCUUCGAAAUUUACUAACUCAAUCUUCGUUGCACCGAAAAAUAAAUACAGUUCAGAAAAUGAGAAAGAAAUCAAGCAGAAUUAUCGUGGCUCCUUAUCCGCAAAGUGUGGCAGAAGUCUUUUAUUUGCAUCUAAAAAUAAGCGAUUGCAUAGACAAAAAAUCAAAAAUCGACCAAAGUCAGUUCUUUAUCCUGGUGCUCUUCAAUAUGUUCGCAGAAAAGCAAGGAGAUAUCAGGCUACAUUUAAACCUAAGCAAAAAAUUGUUACUCUUGCUGGAAAUAUUGCGAAACAGAAAGAGUCAUACGUAAAAUCGACAGCGAAAUCGCAAAAUACAAUAUCUGCUGCAUUGGUCAAGUCAGAGCAUUUUCUGCCGUUUGAUAAUCACAAUGAAUUCGGUAUUACUGAGUACAUUCAUAAGAUUGGAUUAAGAUUUCCAUUUGGUAUUCGUGGAAAAAAUAAGGAAAGUUACUGUAUUGAAAAAAAUGCAUCAGUUCCUAUAAAUUUGGAAGGUAAUCAGCUGGAGAAUUCGCGUUGGUCGAAAGUUGAAAGGAAUAUUUCACGAAAAAUUGAACAAAUCCGUGCUUCACCCAGUUAUAAAAAAUGUAUGUACAACAAUGAUAAGAUGAUGGUUGGCACUUCUCAUUUUCAGUGUUUUGCAGACGAUGAAAAAAAUUCGUCUAUAGGGGAAGUAAAGAAAUUUGAGGAUUCGACAAAUAUUGGUGUUAGUGUUACCAAUUCUUUUAAAAAACUUGAUGAGCUUUCAAAUGAUGUGGAUCGUGCAACGAAGUUUUUGGAUGCAUCAUUCUCAUGUCGUACUGCUUUAAUAUCUGCAGAUGUGGCUUAUGGCAAAACAAAGUGUUUUAUCAGUAAACUCUCACAGUAUUCUAACAAGGAUUAUAGUCCUUCUGAAAAGAUUGGUGGUGCUUUUCGUGGAAGUUUAUUUGGUGGACGAUUGUCUGCUCAUCAGUCCUUCGGUGAGCGCAUUGAUAAUAUGCGAGAACAUGUGAAGGAAACUAGGGAUUUCAUUCGCAGUAUUAACAUAUCUGAUGAAUUAUUGAAUAAGUCACAGUCACAGUUUAUUUUAAAUAAUGAAAAAAAUCUCUCGAAAGAUGAUCAAGUGAUUACAGGUGAAAGCAUGUUAAAUAAAUCAACUGGUACAUGGGAAAUUAGCGAUUUAAAUAUUCAUUCUCCACAAUCGUUUGUUAAACACACUGGUGAUUUGGGAGAAUGCGUAAGUUUUAUUCGAUCUGCUACCAUUUCUGAUAGAUUGAAUAAAACGCAAUAUGACGAAAAUGAAAAAAAUCGAGAACUGAUUAGGGAUCAGAAUAAAUCCCUUAAAGAAGCUAGUUCGGAAGCCAGCGAUUUAGAUGUUCAUUCGCAUCAGUCGUUCGAUGAACGUUGUAAUAUGGAAGAAAAACAAAUUGAUAAUUUUAUACGAUCUGUUAAUAUUUCUGGUGAUGUACUAAAUGCAUCUCAGUCUUCCUAUGUUAGAGAUGAAAAAAACCUUUCAAAAAACCAUCAAAAAUUCAUAAAUCAGAACGAACAUCAUAGUUCAUCCAAAUUUUCGGAAGGCAACAAAUUUGAAAAAUAUUUUAUUGAAGAAAAAUUUUCCGGUGCAAAAAAUUUUACUACUUUGCUCCCUAAGGUACAGAUUCAGUUAAGAAAUACUCUAGGCAAAACGGAGGGAAGUGGCAAAGAUAUUCAUGUUGUGGAUUCCACUUCUUUGAUGGAGUGGAAAAAUGAAGUGCCUUCAUUAGAAAUUGAUGAGAACGUUGACCUAGAUAUUAAUUCGGUUGCUUCAGCGAGGAAGGAAAGCUGUUCGAGAACCAGUCUUAAGCAUUUCGAAAAGGGGAUGCAAUUUAAAUCGUCUGGUGAUCAAGAUUCUAUCAUAGAUAUUGCAGAUGUUCGUGUCAGCCCCAUUUUUCAGAUCAUUACAGGCAGCGGCCAAUCAUCAUGUGAGGAAUUAAAAAUACUGAAUUAUAAGAAAAUACAUAAAGCUGAGAAAUUAGAGCGCCAGAGACUUCUCGCGGGAACCAUAGAUAUUUUGAGACAAUAUUAUUGUGAUGUUAUUGUUUAUUUCUAUGCUUUAAGGAAGGCAUUAGUGAAUGCAGGUAGGCCUGAAGACGCAGAGAAAGCUCGCAGGGAAGGUGAAGAGAUUGAACAUGAAGAAUUUCGUCGUGGAAAUAUGCAUGAAACUAAAAAGCUUCUUUCACUUUGUAUGAAAAUACGACGGAUGUAUUAUUUACUAACUGGCAAAAACAAUACGAAAUUACUUGAAAGUAUCAAGCGCUGCAAGUAUAAAAAGCGACCGGUAUUGACAGAAGUGAAGGAGAGGCAGCAAUUAGCGGAAUUUUUAGAAAAGAUGGAUAGAAAGUUGAAGAAUCGUUACUCAGAUAUCGGAGUUCAAUGUAGUGGUACUUCGAGGUCAUUUCCCUUGCAAGAACAAUCAUCGAAAAUUAUUAAAGGAAUGGACGUUAAAGACGAUGUUGAUUCAUCUGAUACUAUUUCUCGAGGAAACAUCAAAACAUUAAAAAUGAGACUACAGGAAAAGCGCAAGAAGGCUGCUGAACUUCGUGAAACUAUCGAUAAAAGAACUCGCGAACUUUCAUUCAAUGAAGAACAGUCAAUCAUCGCUCAGAUUGCUGCGCAUGAACAAUAUAUUACAGAAACUGCGGCCGACAUUUUCAGGCUAAAUAAAUUAGAUCGAAAUGAAGAUUAUGACAUCAUAAACCAAUCGAUCGGUGUGGAUAAUUUGUCAGUCUUGUCAGUGGAUGUUUCCGUCAAUGAUGAGCAAGUUCCAUUUGUGGAAUUUGAUUCUUCAGUCAUACCGCAAAAAGUAUUAACACCAACUUUGCCACCUGUAGAUACUGCUGCAGAUUUUGGAAUUACAGAAAUAUUUCUUACAAAUUCUGUUGGAGAAAAAACAUUAGAUCUUGUUCAGAGAAAUUCUCAUUACGUGGAUACUUCGCAGAAUCGCUCGAAUUGUGAUUUACUUAAUCAGUCGAACAUAAAUAAAUUUAAAAGCGAUAUUGAACCAGAACAUGAUGUUCGAACGAUAUCUGAAAUAUCUUCUUCUGUGAUAGCUUCAUAUGCUGCAAGUGUUUCUUCUGGCAAUGCGACUUUCGAUUCCGAGAAGUAUUCGGCUCCAAAAGCAAAUUCAUCUGGCUCAGCCAUUGGAACAGCGGAUGCUGUUCAUCCUUCUUUCCUGGAAGUAGAACAAAAUAAUAUAACCGACUUGAUAGAGAACGAAAAAUCAAAAAAAACAAUAGCUUUUAUUGCUUGUGUGGGUGAAAGUGAAUUUGCCAACGAUAUUGUUGAUAAUAAAUCUGGUGCAUCAAGGAGCCUCAAGGAUAAUAACUCAAAAAGUUAUAUGAAUGAUAGUAGGAAGAACGAUAAUUGCAGUUUAUCAGAGUAUGAAAGAAGUGAAUCAGGUCGUGAGCCUUAUUUAAGAAAUUUAAUAAAAAGCAAUAAACAAGAAUCAAAAGUGCAGCAAGUAACUGCAGUCAGUGACGUUGGAAACAUUAAUAAUUUAGGUAAUAAUACAUGUUAUGGCGAUGAUGAUGUCAUUUCUUCCAUAUUGCAUGAAUAUCUAUAUUCUGCAGAAGAAUUAUUUGAUCAAAAAAAUGCUAAUAUUGCUGAUUUGAAAGAAAAUGAAGUAUUGGAUAACAAUGAAUCUUUGUUUCAUAAAAGUCCAGCGAAUAACUGCAAUAGUGCAAUUUCAUCGGGAAAUGCUUUAGUUGAUAUUGGUGCAAAAGUGGGAGAAGAAAUGAAAGAUAUUAGUGAAAUCAGUGAAUUGUAUACGUCGAAUAAAUUCUAUCCACUGGAAACUGAAAAAUCGAUGAUAUGGAGUGUGAAUAGCAUGGAACUAAUUGGCAACGAAAAAUCGGCUCGAGAAAUUCAAGGUCAAAAAAAAAGUCAUCCCAGUAUCAUUCCAUAUGAUUCCAUUGAUCCAGAUCCAUUAUUGGGAUCCGUUAUUCAACUUUCCAGUAAUAUAUCUAUGACUCGCUCUUCUUUUCUGGUACAAAAUUCAUCUCAUGGAAAUAUCAACGAUAUAAAUUUACAAAAGAAGUCGCCUAGAUCUGCUAUUCUUAACGAAAAACCGAGGCGGUUUAAAAUAUCAGUUAGUCCUCUUAGUCCUCUUCGUCCAGUUUCUUCUCGUUAUUCGGCGUCGAUGCCAUUGGAUAGUGCGGGAAGUCGUUCAGAAGAUGUGGAAAAAGAGCAAGAUUAUAUUGGUAUUUCGAAAUCGCUGGUUGCAAGAAAUAUUCUUGAUGAUUUGUUAAAUGAAUCGAUUAAUGUUAUGGUUCCAUUCAUACAAGAAGCUUCAUUUAUCAAGGAAGGUGAAAUAACCAAUGAGGAUUUAAAUCGGUUCAGUAAAGUUGAAAAUCGGUCGGAGAAAUUUGAAAAUUUAUGCACUUCUGGUAAACAAAGCUCGGAUUGCUCGCUCAGCAUCAUUUCCUUGGAUGAGAGCUUGGAUUUGAAUAAAAUAUCUAAACCUCAAGAUCUUUUUUGCAUUCCUGGAUUGGAUUUAAGCGAAGUCAGCACAUCUGAACGAAUAUCUUCUUCUUCUCCGUAUCAAAAGGAUAUUGAUAGUAAAGAAAAUUUGUUAAAUAGCGGAUUAUCGUCGUUAACCAAUGCAACUUCGUCAUUCGUCGAUAUCAAACAAGAAAUCAAGGAGUUAAUCACAGUUUUUGCUGCAAAAAUUUGGAAUCUUAUUGAAAAUGAGCAAUCCUUAAUCAUCAAAGUGGAAAAUAAGGAAGAAGAUGAAGAUAACUAUAGACUGGAAUACAGGCAGUUUAUAGCAGAUCUUUGUUGUGAAUUAUCCUCAAAAUUGUUGAAAAAGCCUUUGAAUCGUUUUCUGUUAAAUAGUGACGCUUCUUUUCGUCCAAAAAAUUCUGCUCAGUUGCAUUGUUUACUGGAACGUGAAAUACUUGCGCCACUUUUUGGGGACAAUAAUUCUACCACAAAGAAACGUUGGGAAAUCAUUUCGCGAGGCCAAAAUAAUUUGCUAGAGAAUAUCGUAAUGGAAGAGUUAUACGAUAAUCAAGAUAAAUGGCAGAAUUUCAAAAUUUAUGAGGAAGAAAUAAUCAAUGAAUUAGUGAGUGAACUGUGUUCUGAAAUGCUACAGGAAUCCUGCGACAAUAUUUCUAUUUCUUAA